AUGCAGGUUGAAGUCAAUGAAAACGAGGACACUGAGUGGAACGAUAUCCUCCGCCAGCAUGGCAUUAUCCCCGAGAAGCCUGUAGACCCCGAGCCUCUAAUCCAAGAGGCUCUGAUCGACGCAGAGCACAGGGCGUAUGCAAACCGACUUGAGGACAAGGACAUUGAUGAGCUGGACGCACUGGAAGAGGAGGAGGACGAGGAAUUCCUCAACUCAUAUCGGCAAAAGCGAUUCGCUGAGCUCUCCACUAUCCAACAGACCAGUAUCUUCAACCAAGUCUACCCACUUCAAAAGGUCGAUUAUGCCCGUGAGGUGACAGAAGCGUCGAACAGUGCCUAUGUACUCGUCAAUCUCACAUCCAUGGGCGGCAAUGUCGAAUCACGCGUGUUGACGGAGCUCUGGCGGCAGCUGGCUGCCAAGUUUGGUGACAUCAAGUUCUGUGAGAUUCGCGCCGAUAUGUGCAUUGAGGGAUACCCGGAGAAGAACACACCCACAAUUUUGGUGUACAAAGAUACCGAGAUCAGGAAGCAGCUUAUCACACUGCAACAGUUGAAUGGACCCCGUACCAAGGUUGAAGAUAUUGAGCGUUUGCUGGUUGAAAUUGGUGCUCUGAAAGAAAAUGAUGUCCGCCUUAAGAAGCGCGACGAAGAUGAGGACGAAAAAGCCGAUGACCUGAACAUUGAAGACUAUGACGACGACUGGGAUUGA